CUGUCUCCAUCUGGACAGGUUUGUCUCCAGACUCCGGAACAGCAUUGUCAGCCCCUGAAGCAGCUGCACCAUCCUGCAUAUUUACAUCAGUUUCUGAUGUAGUUGAAGGAGCAACUGAAGCUUCAUCAGUUUCCAUUUUGGGUGUCCCUUAGCUGUCUCUUUCACAACUGCGACUUCCACCUCUUCUUCUUCCAAAAGCUACAUUACAGACCAAAACCAUCAAGGUUAGAUGAUAUUCUUUCCAUUUAUUUUCACUGGGACUUCCACCUCUUCAUCUGCCACUUGCUUGCAUUUUGAACUAUAGCGUGUUUUAUUUUUGGUAGCCAAAUCUAAUAAAGUGUAUUAGAGUAACAAACAUGUAUUACUACUACUAUGUAUUGCUUUUCGAUUAAUUUAUAUUUGCGAUACUUACAUAUAUUAUUGUAUAGAUGGGUGUGAAAAAAAGGGUAAGAAAACAAAGAAGGCUAAGGAGACGGGGGUUUCCCAGAGACCACAACAAGACCUUGUGAUUAGAGAUAGAAGCCCGUCACCACGUCUCCCACCACGCGGUGCUCCAUUGCCUUAUGAUCCCCUCAUGAACGGCAUUACAUAUAGUCUUCCACCUCCAUACAGCUUUGGUCGGCCCUAUAUGGCUCCACGCGAGGGCUUUACUGAGGCGCCUCCCCAGAGCCCCUCGAUGAUCUCCACACAAGGCUAUCCUACCCCACAGGGCUUCACUCGGUAUACUUCCGGAUCUCAGCAGGCUACAUCUAGUGGUACUCCAACGGCCACUCCUAGCCCGACUGCAUCACAUCAUUCUUCAUCAUCUACUGAACAGUACAAUAUUACGGGUCCUGAUCUUCAAGAAAGUAGAUCUGCGCCUCACAAUCCUACCGCGAAUGACUUACGUGAAGGUGUAAGUGCUUCACAACUGGAAUCUUAUGAUUCAUCAGGGCGACUCAUCAUCGAGCCUGUAGGAUACGGUUGGUUACCAGACAAAGCUUCAAGAAUCCUUACGGAUGAGAUAGAAAAACUAUUUAAAGACUCACCUACUUGGGGCCAGAUGUCACCAAAUCGCCAGAGACUAAUCUAUUAUGCAUUUAAGGAAAAAUGUGUCUGGCGCCCGGAACAUGAGAAGCAGCUAGCCCAAAACUUCAAGAAGAAAGCUCGUGACUUACUAGGUGACAUGUUAGGAAGGGAACUAAAACGGGGGACGCCAGUGCUUCAAGAUGAGGCGUUCAAGAUCACUCACGUGAAGAAGAAGGCAAACACUAAUGAUCCAGACCAGUGGUGUGAGGAACGGGCUGAGCGGACCUACAAUCAAUAUCAACAUUCAAAGGCGGAGUUUCUUCGUACUCAGCCACCCAACACACAGCUGACAGAAGAACAAAGGGAGGAAAGGUGGCUUGAGAGUGUUGGUGGUCCCACUAGAUUUGGCACAGCUUACGGAAUGCCACAUCGUGCAUUUCGUCAAUACCGGUCGCCCCUGGAAGGCCUACAUUCUUCCAAUACCGAGUCGUUUGAUCGAGUGAGAGCUAUGGCCAUGGAGCAAAAGAUUGCCGAGCUAUCUAGCCAACUACAGGCCUCAGAGGAAAGGGAGAGGCGAAGGGAUAUGCAGUUUGACGGUAUGAGGGCCCAAUUAGAUGCAUUACUUGCUUCGGAGGGGAUUCCCUCAUGUCGAUGAUGCUCGUA